AUGUACCAAGAGCUCAGGGAACAGCUGGGGGAGGGGGCACCCGGACUAAGUGGAAGCAGUUUUCUCACUGGCCUUUUCCUACAGGUGGUUGCAUUUUUGGCAAUGGUCUUGGGAACCCACACCCUCCAUUUGCGGCCCCAGAAGGGCUGUACCCACUGGCCCAGCUGCUGCCCCAGCAAAGGACAGAACCCCACUGAGGAGUGGCUGAAGUGCAACACUGUGCUCAUGCCUCCCCCAGAGACCACCAGCCUUGCCCACCACCCAGAAUUCUGCAAGGCCAGUGAAGACGGACCCCUCAACAGCCGGUCCAUCGCCCCCUGGAGAUACGAAUGA